AUGUCGACAGUGUCCGAUCUUUCUGAGGAUUUGGUGGGGGAGAUAUUUUAUAGGGUUCCAUUGACUUCGCUGAUGGCAGUACGAUCUACUUGCAGAGAUUGGAAUGCUUUGUCUAAUAUUCAUAUUAUGGGUAAAAAAGCAACUAGUAAGCAGUUUCUAGGGUUUAGGCUGAGGGAUUCUAGAGUUUAUUCAAUGAAAUUCAAUCUCCAGGGAGUCCACAACGAUUACGACAUUGUUGAUCCAUGUAUAAAGAUAGUAAGUGUCCUUGGCCACCUUGAAAUAUCGAAACUACUCUCUCACUGCAACGGUUUAGUGUUAUGCGUUACCGAAGAUCUAAAGCUCUUGUUGUGGAAUCCCUAUUUGGGGCAAACCAGCUUGACCAAGAGGUCCAAGCCCUUGAAAUAUUUUAGCAGACAUGACAAGUUUGGUCUUGGAUACGACAACAUAAAAGGCUACCACAAAAUCUUGAGGGUUUAUGAAAGAGAAGACGGCUCUCUCCGGUCGGGAAUCUAUGAUUGUAACUCUAAUUUAUGGAGGCUUAUUCGUGUCACUCCCGAGUGGGAUAUAAGGGAUCAUGUCAGCAGCAUGUCCCUAAAUGGAAAUAAUUACUUUCUUGCUCACGAGUACAGCACAAAGUAUUGGUGGCUAAAAACGAACUAUGUGUGGUGUUUACUUUGUUUUGAUUAUACAGCAGAGAGAUUUGGACCGCUUCUUCCUCUUCCUUUUCAAUCCUACUCUCAUCAUAGUUCAGAAUCUGUGGCUUUAUCUUGUGUUAGAGAUGAGCAGCUCGCAUUGCUAUAUAUACGCAAUGAUGGGAUAAUGAAGAUUUGGAUUACGACUAAGAUUGAUCCCAACUCAGUAUCGUGGAGCAUGUUCUUGGAAGUGGAUACGAGAUCCUUCCCUCGUCGUCCGACUCUCUUUAAGGAUGGCACUUUCUUUAUUGACGAUGAGAAGAAAGUCGCUGUUGUUUGCGGUUUCGGCGAACAUAGACCGACCAAGAAAUGUUGGUACCAUACAGCUUACAUCAUUGGAGAAGAUGGAUACUUCAAAUCUGUGGAUAUUGGAGAAACUCUUUCAGCAAAUUUUUUCUACUGUAACCCGGUUAUGUUCUCUUCUUAUGUUCCAAGUUUAGUGCAACUAAAAUGA